AUGAGAUGGCGUCAGGAGGCUGUGGGACCAGAGCCCAGCAGCAUAGUAGUGAGCAGCAGUGGCUGUGCGGUGUCAAGUGGGGCCUGUCCUAACCAGACAGCUCCUGUGGAGGGUGGACGGCUUCGGCUGUGUCCAGCUACCCCUGAUUUCUGUCUGGCUCCCUCAUCUCCUCAUCAUUUCAGUGAGCCAUCCAGCAGCCUUCCAUGGCCUGGGAGCCAGGUCUCAAGGCCCAGGGCUGGUGUGUGGGUGGUGUCCACACAUAGAAGCUCACAUUUGCCCGUGCUGCUACAGCUGGUGAAGCAGCCCCAUCUAAAUACGUGGAUACCUGGUGCGUUAGCGACCUGGGGUUUGAAGAGUACCUAUUAUGUGGCAGAUACUGUGAUAGCUCCGAGAAAGCCUCAGCCAUUGAGGACUACAGUGUUCUGGAAGCCUCGAAGGAGGAGAAAGCCUGGAGCAAGGGAAGGGGGUGCCCAAAAGGGACAGAUGUUGGAGAAGACUCCAGUGCCUGGAGCCACCCAAGAAAAUCCACUGCUUUCAUGUCCUGAGGCUUCUCAGCCAAGCAUGACUUUCCUCAUCCUGUCUCCAGGAGGAGGAUUUCAUUCUCAAGAUUCCUGCUGGGCAGUGAGCUUUAGGGCAGCCAGGAGUGCCCGAGGAGUGUCACACACACCCCACCUGUGAGUGGGGGUGGAUUGCGGGUGUCCGCUCCAGCUUGGCUCUCAGCUUGCCCUCUGCUCCCUCACCGGUGGGAUCGAGCCCAGCACGGAGCUCUGCGCUCGGCAUGCAGUCUGCUUGUCCCCUCCCUCUGCUCCUCAUGCUGUCUCUCUCACGCAUGUACGGGCAUGUUCUCUCUCUCUCUCGAAUAAUAAAGUCUUCUUUAAAAAAUUAAAAAGAAAAAACAGAGUUUUAAGCAGGGGAAUAGCAUUUCUAAUUCAUAUUUUAACAGAAUCACUGUGACUAUUGUUGAAGUGAGGAGACCAGUCAGCAGGCUA